AUGGCAAGUGGAAAAAUCACAUACCAAGAUAUGAUGAAUCCCUUGUUUCUCCACCCUUCAGACAGUGCCACAUCUAUACAGAUUGAUAAGCUUCAAGGGUCAACAGACUAUAGAACAUGGCGAAGAACAAUGGAGAUCAAUUUAUCUUCAAAACGCAAGCUGGGAUUCGUCAAAGGAACAGUGGAGAUGCCAACUGAUGAUGAAACAAAGGCAGAGCUAUGGGAAACGUGUAAUAAUAUGGUAAUUGCUUGGAUUACCAAUAAUCUCUCUUUCAAUGUCAAAAAAUCUGUUAUGUAUAUGACAAAUGCUAAAUCCAUAUGGGAUAAUCUGGAAAAACGUUUUGCUCUUACAAAUGGUUCUCGAAAGUACAAGUUGAACAAAGAUUUGUAUGAAGUAAAACAAAAUGGCAUGCCUUUGAAUGAUUAUUACACCUUGAUGAAAUCCAUAUGGGAAGAGUUAGAUUGCUUAAAUGUGUUGCCUGUGAUAUUAACUCCCACUGAUGAAGUGAAAAAACUCCUUGAAACAAUAGAGCAACUCAAAGAAGAGUCUAGACUGUUUGUGUUUCUUAAUGGAGUAGAUGAGACAUACAGUCUUCAAAGAAGUCAGCUUCUUAUCCUGGACCCUCUUCCAAGUGUGGAAAGUGCUUGUGGGAUGUUAAUGCAAGAAGAAUCUCAGCGAGAAAUCUUGCAUAAACCUAAACUGGAUGACACCAUCUCUGCUAUGUAUGUUCAAGGGCAAUCUAGCAAGCCCACUGUGUGCAUUGUGUGCCACAAAAGAGGUCACCUUAGUGAUGCUUGUUGGUUUGUUGUUGGUUUUCCUAAACCUAACCCAAAAUACAAAUCCUACCAAACCAAACCUAAAAACCCAUCACAAAACUUUGCAAAAUGGACCCCUGCACCACAAAAAAACCAACCUAAACUAGCAACUACAGCUCAAAUCUCUACCUCUGACAGUGGAGGCCUCCUUUUUACACCACAACAGCUGGCCCAAUUAGCUCAACUUCUUCCUAAAAUAGCCAAAACUUCUGAUACUGAUGAUGAACUAGACGUUCAUUUCUCUGGAAUGAUCUCCUGUGCUCAUGAAAACACUGCUCUGAAUGAAUGGAUUGUAGAUAGUGGAGCCUCAGAUCAUAUGACUCCCUAUUUACAAAACCUUGACCCUGAUUCUCUUGUAAAUCAUACACCUACUAACCUUCCCACUGGUGCCACCACUGCUGUCACUCACAUAGGAACUGUUGUUCUUCACAAUGGCCUAAUCCUUAAAAAAGUCCUCUGUGUUCCACAUUUCAAACACAACCUCCUAUCAGUCCAAAAACUUAUAAGAGAAUCCAACUGUGAAAUUUAG